AUGCCUCUCAAACUACAAGAGAUUGACCCCGAGGUCGAUUUUCCGGCAAUUGCUAGAUGCAUGUUUGAGUCUUACGAGAGUCCCCCACAGAAAUUCUUCCACGUCUUCUUCCCCACUCAUGGCACCGGCCACGAGGCCAGAGAGGCCGCCAUUGAUGAGGCUGCGACCCGUCUGAAGCUCUGGCAUACCCAUGAUCCGUCUAGCUACUGGCAGAAGGUCGUUGACACCGAAACUGGCAAGAUUGCGGGUGGUUCUCUGUGGAAGAUCCACAAAGAGAACCCGUUUGCCAACCCGCCGCCAUCUCAGGUUACCUGGUUCCCCGAUGAUGGCUCUCGCACCUACGUCGAGAAGGCGCUGGAGAGACACUCCGCGCCGAGAGCUCGAGUGGCUCAGAAACCGCACCUCUACCUUUUCAUCAUUUUCACCCACCCUGACUACCGGCGCAAGGGUGUUGGUCAGCUUUUCAUGGACUGGGGAUUCGAGAAGGCAGAGGAGCUAGGAUUCGACUUCUAUCUGGACUCGACGCCGUAUGGUCGCCCACUCUACGAGGCCAACGGCUUUAGCUACAUCGAAGAGAACAUCAAUCACCCGCAGACGGACUCCCCGGAUGAGGCUUGGAAGGAGGUCGAGGAGAAGGUCGGUCCGUUUACCUUCUGGCUGAUGUGGAAGCCUAUUGGCGAGAUUUUGGAGGCCAAGAAGCCAGCUGCACCCAAGGAAUAA